AUGAGUCUACUUCUAACUACAAUCAAUGAUAUUUCAUAUUAUCAAUUUGACAUCAAUAAUCAAGAUGAAUUCAAACAAAUCUCACAAUUGAUAUCAAAACAUUUAUCAGAACCUUAUUCAAUCUAUGUUUAUUGGUAUUUCUUAAACAAUUGGCCUCAAUAUUGUUAUACAGUGAAAAAGCAAAACUCAGAAAUAAUAAUCGGAGUUAUAAUAUCUAAAUUAGAACCUCAUCGAGAAGUUCGUAUGAGAGGAUAUAUUGGUAUGUUAGUAAUAGAUCCACAAUAUCGAAAAAUGGGAAUUGCAAGAAAUUUAGUUAAAUUAACAAUUGAACAUAUGAAAAUUGAUGGUGUUGAUGAAAUGAUGUUAGAAACUGAAGUUAUUAAUCAAGGGGCUUUGAAUUUAUAUGAAAGUUUUGGUUUCUUGAGAACGAAGAGAUUAUAUCGAUAUUAUUUAAAUACUCAUGAUGCUUAUAGAUUGAUUUUACCUUUGAGUGAAAGAUCUCAUAAAAGAAUUGCAUUUUUGCCACCAAUUGUAUAA